AUGCCAUCCAACUCGAAGCGUUCGAUGGCACCGCCAGCCACUGUCCCGAAGCACUCCUCGACCGCUGGCACGUCCAAUAGCAGGCCUCCCACGCAAAGUUCAAGUACCAAUGCAAAAUCCUCCCCUGCACCCGCAGCUCCCCAAGAUGCCCGCAUCAGCUCCCCAGACAGUAUUGAAAGUCCCGGAGCGCCAACGCCUCCGACGACAGUCAACCGAAAGAAGCAGAAGCGACGGCAGAAGCAGGCUGCCCGCCUAGCAGCGGAACGGCAGUCCGAAAGUGCUGCUCCCACGCCAACGCAAAACGGUGACAGUCGCCAUGACAUCAAUUCCAAUAUAGGCGGACCGCCGACGCAAGGCCAGUACGUGGCAUACGGACAUGAGGAAUUGGACUACACUGAUGACGAGGCUCACUAUUCUCCACACGCGCACGGUCACUCGCAUCAUGUUAAUAAUGGGAUGUUUCUCGAAAGCCACCAAUCUGCUCAACGAAAAGGCAAAAAGAAAAAAGGCAGAAAAAGUCGCUCACAUUCCCACCAAGCUGAAGGAAGCUCCACAUCCAUGUCGACCCCGUCCGCGUCACUUGCUCGACCUGUCGCUCUUCCACCGCUGUCCAGUUCCGCAUACCGGUCUGCGCACAAAGUAACCAAAGAUCGGAUUUGGAAUACCUCUACACACGAAGAACGAGAACGGAUUAAAGAGUUCUGGCUUCAGCUAGGGGAGGAGGAACGUCGAUCUCUGGUUAAGGUGGAAAAGGAAGCGGUGCUGCGAAAGAUGAAGGAACAGCAAAAGCAUUCAUGUAGCUGUACAGUUUGCGGGCGAAAACGGACUGCGAUUGAAGAGGAACUCGAGGUUCUAUAUGAUGCAUACUAUGAGGAACUCGAACAAUAUGCGAACCAUAAACAAGGGUCCUUCGAAAACGGUGCGCCGAUUGGGGCACCACCACGGCUUUACCAGACCCCCCUUCGAACUCUCGAUCGACAUUCCCAUCAUCCUAUUCCACAACAUCCAUCAAGAGGCAGAGUUCAAGAGCUUCCCGACGAUGAUGAAGACUUGGACGAUGACUACGAUGAGGACGACGAAGAUGACGAACCGUAUAGCGAAGACGAACUGGAAGAUACUGCCAGAACGACACGCGCGGACUUUUUUGCCUUUGGAAAUAGCUUGACAGUAAAAGAUGGAAUUCUUACAGUGGCGGAUGACCUACUUAAGAAUGACGGCAAGCAUUUUAUUGAUAUGAUGGAGCAGUUAGCCGAACGCCGAAUGCAACGUGAAGAAGACACCCAAUACGCCGCCGCCUCAGCUGCCCAUCAAUCAAUGCACGGAGGUCACAAUCAUGGUCCGCCUCUAGACGAGGAAGAGUAUGAUGAGGAAGAAGAGGAAGACUAUGAUAGCCAAGAUGAUGAGGAGUACGAAGAAGAUGAAAUGGACGCAAUGACAGAAGAGCAACGGAUGGAAGAAGGAAGGAGAAUGUUCCAGAUAUUUGCAGCACGAAUGUUUGAGCAGCGAGUACUGACGGCAUACCGAGAGAAGAUCGCCCGCGAGCGUCAAGAACGGCUUAUCCAGGAAUUAGAGGAAGAAAAUCGACUUGACGUAGAACGUGAAGCGAAGAAGGCCCGCGAAGCUCAAAAGAAAAAGGACAAGAAGCGUCUUCAGAAGCAAGCGAAGGAAGAAGAAAAGCAAAAACGUGAAGCUGAGCGAGCCGCGGAAGAAGCCGCCCAAAAAGCUCUAGAAGAGAAACGACUCGAGGAGCAACGAAAGAAGAAAGAGGAACAACGGAAGAAGCGUGAAGCUGAGAAGAAGGCUCAAGAAGAGGACCGUCUACGAAAAGAGGCCGAGCGGCAAAGCGACUUAAGGAAGAGCCGGUCGUCAGGCGCUGCUGUUCAAGCCGCCAAACGCGCUUCUCAGUCAGGGGCUGCACAUCUUCCACCAGGACUGCAGCAUCCGCAAGGCCCUGCUACUGUCCACUCGCCGCACUUGCAAGUUGCCACACCGGUUGUCCCAAAGGCUCCUACGCCAAUGCGUCCACGGCAGGCAUCGCAGCAAGGUUCCCACGCAUCAUCCCCACGAUCUCAACCGGCUCACAUCGACAUAUCACAGGCCAUUUCGUUAUCUCCUGGAACAGCUGGCAUUUCCCACAAUCCAGGGAAGCCAACCUCUCAGCCCCCGUUACUCCAUCACCCGCAGCCGUCUGCCCCUCUCUCUCCGUUCGGUAAUGCUGGUCGCGGUUCGCAUACACUGGGCUUCAACGCCAUGCCAUCGAUCAAUGGGAUGCCUUCCAAUGCCGGUGGAGUUCCCGCCAUGGGCCCUCGCAUGCCUAUUGGCCCUGACAUGUCAAUGUAUACAAAUCACUCCGGACAUCUCGGUGGGCAAUUUCGGGCAUUCGGAUCUCCUGAUAACAUCCCCCUUCCUCCAGGGAUAACUGGGCCCCGACAUCUAGGUCAAGGGCGCGGGUUCCCAAUGGACACGGGGCAUACCUCGCACCCAUUCCACUCGCAACCUGGCGCAACCGGGGCACUUCCUGCAGCACCGUCGCAGGUACCUCACAACCAAGGAACUCCUCUCACGCAUACUCGACAGCCUUCCCUACCCUUUGACAGAAACUCGUUGGAAAACCAGCCCAUUUCCAGACCCGCUCCUAUCCAGCGGCCUGGAAGUACAGUGCCGCAUGACCAGCACAAGGAUGAAUCGAAACGAAACCAACAGGAGAUCGACGAACUCAGUACCCAACUUGGUAGUAGUGCAUUACUCGAUGACAGCGACAUUCCUCUCACAUCCCCUCCUUCACAACCUCUACCAUCGACCAUCACACCAGGCCUUCCAGGAUCCGGAAGAGUUGGGUUCGGAACCCCGUCGCUGUUCUCCGAUCCCCUAGGGUCUUCUAAAUCACCCUUCCCGUUGGGUGCUCCCGGUUCUGGUGCGGGCUGGGCGUCGCACAAUCCAUUCGAAGCUCCUGGAUUCCCAGCUGGCCCAUCAUGGGGACCUGGUUCAGGGACUGGUUGGUCAGCAAAUGCUUUUGGCAUCCUUGGGGGAUCCCAUCGCGCUCACACAUCAAGACCUGUUGCAAUUCGACUAUCAGUCAUUCAAGCUUGCAAGCAACUAAGUACCGCCAGUGGCGCCGACAAAUCGGGAUAUCACAACGUCAACCAAAUUCUUCGCCAUGUGGAACAGUCGAGUUCUCCGAAUGAACCUCUAAUUACACUUGACGAGAUGCUGGAUAUUUGCGACACAGAAGGCAAUGCUCAGAACGGCGGUGGUUCAUUUGCAAUCAAAAAUGAGGGGCCUCGUGGUACAUUUGUCAAAUUUGAACCGGAUAACAACAGUAUAUCGUCGAGUACUCGAGGGAGUAUUGUUCCUGGAGACAUUGGCAGUCCUGUUCCGAGUUCAAUUCUGCCAGCUCCUCCUGGGAGUGGCCCGAGGCAGUUUGCUACGACAAACAUCUCACCCACCACGGGCUUCUAA